UUGAGUUCUGGAACUUUACCCAGCAUCCCCUGCGCGCUCAACAUGGAGGAACUUACGGUGGAGGUCCGUGGCUCCAAUGGAGCUUAUUAUAAGGGCUUUGUCAAAGAUGUUCACGACGACUCGCUCUCCAUUUCAUUUGAAAAUAACUGGCAGCCAGAAAGACAAGUCCCUUUCGCAGAUGUGCGGUUGCCACCUCCCGCCGAUGCAAAAAAGGACAUCGGUGAAGGGGAAGAAGUGGAGAUAUACUCCAGAGCAAAUGAGCAGGAGCCGUGCGGCUGGUGGCUUGCUAAAGUACGCAUGAUGAAAGGAGAUUUUUAUGUGAUUGAAUAUGCAGCAUGUGAUGCCACCUACAACGAAAUAGUCACAUUUGAGCGUCUCCGCCCAGUGAACCGCAAUAAAGCUGUGACAAAGAAUACGUUUUUUAAGUGCACUGUUCCCGUCCCUGAAGAUCUCAGAGCAGCAUGUGAGAACGAACAAGCUCACAAGGAUUUCAAAAAAGCAGUCGGAGCCAUUCGGAUUGUCUACAGCACAGAGCAAAACCAACUGAUUGUUCUGUCCAUGAGCGAAGCCACUGUCAAGCGUGUCUCCCUGCUAAGUGACAUGCAUUUACGCAGCAUUCGCACAAAACUCAUGCUUAUGUCCAGAAAUGAGGAGGCCAACAAACAUCUCGAGAGUACAAAGCAGUUGGCCUCUGCAUUUCAAGAGGAGUUUACUGUUAGAGAAGACCUCAUGGGACUCGCAAUCGGAAGUCACGGCAGUAACAUCCAGCAGGCCAGGAAGGUGCCUGGAGUGACUGCCAUCGAAUUGGAUGAGGAGACUGGAACCUUUAGGGUUUAUGGAGAAACAGUUGAGGCGGUACAGAAAGCAAGAAAUUAUCUUGAGUUUCUGGAAGAUUCUGUUCAAAUUCCUCGGAAUCUUGUUGGAAAGGUUAUCGGCAAAAAUGGCAAAGUUAUCCAGGAGAUUGUUGACAAAUCUGGAGUGGUAAGAGUGCGCAUUGAAGGCGACAAUGACAACAAACUUCCUCGACAAGAAGGAAUGGUUCCAUUUACAUUUGUUGGAACAAAAGAGAAUAUUGGAAAUGUACAAGUCCUACUAGAAUACCAUAUUGCCUACCUGAAUGAAGUUGAACAGCUGCGUUUGGAACGACUACAGAUUGACGAGCAGCUACGUCAAAUCGGGAUGGGUUACAGGCCUGUCUCGAACCGACCCACCGACAAGGACAAGGGCUACACCACUGAUGAGAGCACGUCUAACACCUCGCUCCAUGUAAACCGCUCGUACACCGGCAGGGGCCGUGGCCGGCGGGGUCCUGCAUACACAUCUGGCUACGGUAGAGGCACUAACUCUGAGCACUCGUAUGCCUCUGGGACCGAUUCUGAGCGUAAAGAAGAAUUAAGCGACUGGUCCCAGGCAGGAGAGGAGUCUGACCGGGGCCCCAGACAGCAGAGAGACAGCAGGAGGAGGCCUGGAGAGGGAAGGGGCCGGGGACGUGGAGGACCCGGGGGCAGAGGCCGUGGCUCAGGAAGAGGGCUGUCCAACUCUAUUAGCUCAGUUCUGAAAGAUCCGGAUGGAAACCCAUACAGUCUGCUGGACAACACCGAGACGGAUCAGACAGCAGACACUGACGCCAGCGACUCUCAGAUGAACACCAACCGUCGCAGACGCUCUCGUCGCCGUCGCACUGACGAAGACACCACAGUUAUAGAUGGCAUGAGUGAGUCGGACAACGCCUCUCUCAGCGAGAACGGUCUUGAUGAUGCUGAAGUUAAACCACAGCGGCGUAAUCGUAGCCGCCGCCGUCGUUUUCACCCUCCUGAAGAGAGGCAGCCAGUUACUGUUGCUGACUACAUAUCACGUGCCGACUCUCAAAGCAGGCAGAAAAUCCCAAGAGAUCUGAGGAAGAAUAAAAAGGACAUGGGUCAAGUAGAGUUUAUUCCUGAGCACAGCCCCACUAAAGCUGUGAGCAACGGCCCCAGCACCAAAGAUGAAGAGUCGAACGAUGCUUCCCAAGCCUUCACCGACAAGACUCCAAAUGCCAAGCCAGCUGUUGUCAACGGAGUCUCCUAAUCAGUUCGGUUUAUUACUCAAAACUCAUAACCUUUACAAUUUUACAAUAGUGCUUGUAUGAGCUUGCCAAAGAUAGACAAAUGGACUUCCACAUUCUCAAUUGCACUUUUCAGUUCCUUCACAAUGGGACAGAAUUAAAAUGAGAAUUAAAAAAAAAAUUAUGAGACAAAAAAGUUACAUCUAAGUAUGUUCCUGAUCAGAUGUUGUGCCUUCAGAGCGUAGUUUCAACAUUAUGUUGGCUGGCUAUAGAAAAAUAAAAACAAACUGGUCUGAAACAGUGAUUACAGAAAGACUCCCAAGACAUCCUUAGCUGCUUUUUGUUACGUUUUAAUAUGCAACCACUUCACGUUGGGGAAGGGUUAUGGGAAAAGGAUGUUUUGCACUGAAUAGUCAUUUCUUGACCUUUAAAAAUAAUCUUAGUCUGGAAACUGGUCUAUUAACUCUGUCCAUUUUAAAUGCUGUAUGUGAAACACUACCUUUCAGAAUCCGUAAGAUAAAAUUGGCUUUUCAUCUUUUGCCUGUUAGGUUGAAAUGGUGGCAACAGAAACUGUUUUGAAAAUUUUGUUUAUUUAUUUUAAAAUGUACAGUAUUUAAAAUUAACUUUGCAGUCAUUUUUAACACUAAACUGCCUGAACUUCAUAGCACGCAGGUGUCAAAUUUGGACUACUGAAAGAUCAAUUUCCAGAUGUUCUGUUCUAUAAACUCUGUUUGUUAGUCCUUAUGGGUUUUUUAAGGAUCAUUCUGGUUGUUUGAUGUGCAAUAUGUUUUGUAUGCAGGUAGUUCAUAAAUAAACAUUUGAUCUUCCAGCCAACCUUUCAAAAUGGUUGUAUUCAAGA